AUGUCCAAACUGGAGGAGCGGCAAUUCAUGCUUACAUGCAUUGAGUUGUAUCGUGAGCUUCCAGCUCUGUGGAAAGUAAAAAGUAAAGAAUAUAGCGACAGAAACAAGAAGGAUGCGGCAUAUCAAACUUUGUUGGAAAAGUACAGGGAAAGGUACCCUAAAGCGUCGAGGGACGACUUAACGAAGAAGCUAAAUUCUCUGCGAACCAAUUACCGCAAAGAACUAAAUAAGUAUAUUUCACUGGCCAGAAGGAGGAUAAGUCUUUGGGACAAAGCAAUUGUAACCUACGUUUUUGAUGAGGGGGAGGAGGAUGCGGCGUACAAGGAAAGCGAUGUCGCCCGGAUUCGCAUCAGGACCAUGAUGAGUUACUACGAGGACAGAACCUGCGUAAAAUUCGUGCCUUGGACCUCGGGUUCCAAAGAUGAAUAUGACCUCGGCCACAACAACAGACUUAUAUUCGGCGAUUAUGGAGGAUGCUCCUCUCUCGUCGGAAAUGUUGGUAAGACCGAUGAAGGUCGUGAGAACAAAAUAUCGACUUGUAGUGGUUCGAAAGCAAGGCACGAAAUAGGCCACGCGCUGGGUCUAAUGCAUGAACAAUGCAGGCAAGACAGAGAUAAGACCAUCAGAUUCUUUGAGCACAAUCUUGGUGACGGGUCGAUCAGUAGCUACAAGAAGAAAUCAUAUGAGAUGAGUGUUCCUUAUGACCUCUCCUCAGUUUUGCAAUAUAAUUUCAUGCGCAAAGGACUACCAGUACUGCUGCCGCACGACACAGAGGACAUUCCUUUGAAGGACCUUGGCAAGGGUUUCUAUGGGGCUUCCUUCUACGAUAUCAAAGCGAUCAAUCUCAAUUACAAUUGUAAAGAGAACAUGUGUUCCGAUUCGACUUUGGAGUGUGAAAACGACGGCUACCUUGCUUACGUUGAGCAGCAGUGUCGAUGUCUGUGUCCUAAUGGCCUUGGAGGCGAACGCUGCCAGAAGAUCUACAAACCAUCUGGGGAUUCCCCCGUCGAUUGGCCCGAAGGUGAUUUUGCAGUACUUGCACCAUCAUGCCCGGAAGGCUUUACAGAAGUCGAUCAUGAUUUCUUCAAGAUCUUCAAGAACAAGGAACUUGCAAAUAAAUACACCUAUUGUGAGAAGAAAUCUUCCUCAAAACGUGGGAUGAACACUUGGCCAACAGGACAGUACUGUCUGUUUAAGGUGGGAGAUUGUCCAUCAGGUUUCAGUGCCGGCUCGGUUAACUACAUUUCAAAAAAGAAGAAGAAAGGUCCUUCUGUUAGCAUUGGUUUCUGCUGCAGACAUGACCGAAACGUCGACACAGCCAUCAGCCUCCCCAGGAAAACAUCAUUUUACAUGUUCCCAAGUUAUGCAGUUGAUGGGGCGGAGUGGUUCAAUUGCCAGAAAGUGGAAGGAAUGAGGGCAACACUAGAGACUACCGCGAUAAACUGGAAUCCAAGUUCAAUACUUGAGAUACCCUAUGGUUUGAUGAAGAGUCAGGGAAAAUUUGAACAGAAGAUGUCACUCUGUAGAUACGACCCAGUUAACUAUGAUUGCGGAGGAGUGGUAAAUCUCGUAGAAGGAGCGCGCGCUAUUGACUUCACCACUGAGGGAAUGUCUGAAACUCAAGCAAACGAAUGCACUUGGCUUUUCGAGGGCCCCCAAAACUCCUUCCUCCAGCUUGACUUGUCAGAGUUUAACCUCCUGCCGGAAAGUAAUGGUGAAUGCAAAGAUGCACUGGAGGUCAGGAAGCAUCUGUUUGGUCAGCGUGGGGUCAGGUAUUGCGGCAACUCCUUGGCAGGCCGCGUCAUCGUCACGCAGCACAACCAUCUGAUCCUAACCAUGACGACGAAUCUUCCUAACGACAUGAAGAGUCAAGGUUUCAAAGCCAAGGUCCAGGUCAUCAGAGCUGCCGACAUGUGUUAUAACGUCACUAACAAUGGUGCAACUUAUGCCGGCGACGUGAAUUAUACUCAGAAGAAUGAUCCCUGUAUCCCGUGGGAAGAAGUCCCAACAUCUUGCUUCGAUGAGGAGACGAAUCUCCAGGAGAAUAUGAAAGGCAACAACUACUGCCGUAAUCCUAAUGGUCUCACCAAACCCUGGUGCUUCAAGAAGAUGGACUGUCAACAAGACAUGUGCGAUGUCUGCCAUCUAGAAACUCGGAAAGAAGCGACCAAGUAAUCAAUCAAUAACGUCACUUUCACCGCCUGCAUGAUCUGAAUGACUACGACAAUACAGAAAGGAAUCCUGCUAUUCAUAUUUCUCUAGCGAUAGAGAGUUUUGGCGAUUUUUUUUCAUGGAAUAAAUCAGAACAAUUUUUCGUGUCAUGAUGUUAUGUGAACAGUACGAUUAAAUGACGAUUGCCAA